AGUGGCUUAGUUAACUGGAGAAAUGCAACCUGUGUACAUCUUGAUUUUAGCCUGCUGCCUUGUCUUAAUGCACGAAGGGCAAGCUGUGGAGAAGCAUGUAUUUCCUGUGGGUCCUCCAAUAAAUCAGAGAAGUCUUCGAGAUGUUAGCGCCUUUGCCAACCCAGGGCAGCCGGGAAGGCCUGGCUCAGGCCGCCCUAGAAGAUGGGGAAAAGCAGGUCAACCAGGAAGUCCAGGAGGAUCUGGAGGAGCAGGUGGAAAUGGAGGGACGGGUGCAGACGGAGGAGCAGGUGGGGCUGGUGGACGAGCAGUAAGAGGAGGAUAUAGGGAAGCAACCUCAUCAGGUCAAAGGCGACCAGAGCCAAGGUCUAACUAUUAUUUGUUUUAAAUAAUAUCAUAAAAUAUACAUUUUGUAGCAUACCUAUUAUUUAAUAAAAGCAAAUAUACACCCAAAAAAAAAAAA